AUGGCGGUCGGAGACCACGGGAGCGAAGCAAAUGAUACACCCGAACCCGCGGAAAAGAGUUUUGCCACUCUGAAUCAGUUACAAAUUGGUGUCAAGGCGUUUGUCGAAAAGAAUGGCGAGACGAGAAAGGCCGAGAUCUUAUCGAUUAAGCAGAGGAAUGGGAAUCUGACAUUCUACGUGCAUUAUGUCGAGUUCAACAAACGUCUCGAUGAAUGGGUUUCGGCAGACCGCAUCGAUCUGUCUCAAGAAGUGGAAUGGCCGGCGCCAGAAAAGCCUGAGAAGAAGAAGACGACUGUUACAUCCAAAGGGCCGCCAUCCAAGGUAGCGGCGGCAUCAAAGUCCAUCACCACCAAGGUUGGUGGACGGUCACGGCCGGGUUCUGCGACACCAGACUUGCUCUUGACGUCCAAAGCCGGCAAUGACCGCAAACGGCCUGUACCGUCGAAAGCCGGCGGUAAAGAGAACCGUGAAGCAGCUGAUGGGGCACUCGCUCCAGAUGGCGAUCCGACGGCGGUGACAACGCAAGCAGGCACACCGCUACCAUUGCCAGCUGGGACGCCGGGAGCGCAACAGGACGACGUGGGCGCUGACGCAAAAGCAGCCGCAGCAGCAGCCUCGGAAGCGACUGGAGAUGCUGUAGUGACGAAAAAGGAAGAAAAAGUGGCGCCAAUCAUGGAGCCAGAGGAGGAGAUUGAGAAACUCCGGACGGGCGGUUCCAUGGUGCAGAACCACGCGCAGCUGCAUCUGGUGCGCAAUCUCAACAAGAUCCAGAUGGGAAAACACAUCAUUGAGCCGUGGUACUUCUCGCCGUAUCCGCAGGAGUUUGCGGAUGUGGACAUGGUAUACAUUGACGAGUUCUGCCUAUCGUACUUUGCGUCCAAGAAGGCGUUUGAGCGACACCGGCACAAAUGCGAGUUACGCCAUCCGCCGGGUAACGAAAUCUACCGCGACGACUUUGUCAGCUUCUUCGAGGUCGACGGCCGACGCCAGCGCACCUGGUGCCGCAAUCUAUGUUUGUUGUCGAAACUGUUUCUCGACCACAAGACGCUCUACUACGACGUCGACCCGUUUUUGUUUUAUUGCAUGGUCACGCGCGACGAGCACGGCUGCCAUCUCGUCGGCUACUUCAGCAAGGAAAAGGAAUCCGCAGAGGGAUACAACGUCGCCUGUAUUUUGACUUUACCCCAGUACCAGCGCCAGGGCCUGGGUAGAUUGCUCAUUGCGUUUUCCUACGAGUUGAGCAAGCGGGAAGGCAAGUUGGGAUCGCCUGAAAAGCCCUUGUCGGAUCUCGGUCUGCUGGGUUACAGACAGUACUGGAAGGAAGUGCUGGUCGAACUGCUCUCCGACCCGGCCAGGCUGCCGCCCCCCGGAUCGGCUUCCCACACCCCUACCUCCGAACACCUCCAUCCGCAUGCCUCGCUGGGCUUCUCUACCCCGUCUUCACAGUACUCGACUAGCAUUUCCGAAAUCGCCUCCCUCACCUCCAUGACCGAGAAGGAUGUCCACGAACAGCUCGAGGUCCUUAAGCUCUUGCGCUACCAUAAGGGUCAGUGGAUCAUCGUCGUCAGAGACGAGUUGCUCGAGUGGCAGGAGAAACGUAGGCAAAAGGAAAAGGAAAAAGGUGCCAGGCGUAUAGAUCCCAGCAAGCUGAACUGGAAGCCUCCCGUCUUCACUGCCAGUAGCCGUACCUGGAACUGGUAG